AUGUCACAUGUGCCUCCCUCUCCGUUGUCGGUCCACGACCGGUACAGCUCCCCGGCAGCCGGCAGUGCCAAGCGGCGUCUGUUUGGCGACGACCCUCCAACACCAGGAGUGGCCCCCAGCAUCAGCCCGCUGUCGUCGCCGGCCAAGAGGCUGACGUUCGGCUCCAAUAACACCCUGAGGAUCGGGGCUCAGGGCACGCAGGCCACCGUGCUCAGUUUCCCACUGCAAGGUAUGAGUAACGACCGCACUAUCACACUGAUCCCGGUGCAGCCGUGUGACUCCUCUGGUACAAUCACCGCUCAGUUCCUGCUGACCGCCUCCCCGAGCCGAGUCGCCUCGGCGCCCACGACUUCCUCCGAGCCACAGGCGGGAAUCGGUCGGCCGCGACGAACCGGAUCGCUCGCUCUGUUCUUCAGGAAGGUGUAUCACCUGGCCAGUGUGCGUCUGAGGGAUUUGUGUGUGAAGUUGGACAUCCCGUCGGAGCUGCGAGGGAAGAUCUGGACGUGCUUUGAACACGUUCUGGUUCACUGUACCGAUCUGAUGCGGGACAGACACCUGGACCAGCUGCUGCUGUGCAGCGUUUACAUUAUAUCUAAAGUGAGGAGACAAGUUUGUUCACCAAGUGCUUCAUAUUUAAUUAAGAAAAAACUGGCGACUAUGGUUUAGGGAUGCAGUGUUGCC